CCCCUCUCUCUCUCUGCUCCGCAUCCCUCUCUCCCUCUCUCAGUUGUAUACUGUACAGCUGGCAAUUUACAGCCCAAAGAGGUGAAAGUCGUAAUUGCCUAUAAACUGUCCUCUCCUCUCUGCCCCGUAAACCGAACGCUUCUAUGGCAUAAAUCAAGACGAAACACUUUUAAAUGUUUUUAUUUUGAUAUAUUUAGUCGACUUUUGAAAACAUUAGAGGGAAUAUAAUUUAGUAGAUUAGAGUCCACCCCUGGAACUCUCUAAAACCGCUAUAAACUUUAAAGGCUGGACACUUUGUAGCAGGUUUGAGAGAUGAAAACCUCAAGAUGGUGGCAGCGAUUUUCCAUCAUCAGCUUCUUGUUAGAGGUGUGGCUUCCUGCCUGGCUCAUGGCCCAGACAACGCCCCCUACCCAGGGCACCACCUCCCCCAAACCACAGAACGACCGCCUGCAGUUCCGUCUGGUUGGGUACCCCCGAAAGCACAACGAGGGGCGCAUCGAAGUCUUCUACAAGGGAGAGUGGGGGACCAUCUGUGACGACGACUUCUCUCUGUCCAACGCCAACGUCCUCUGUCGUCAGCUGGGAUUCGUCUCCGCUACGGGUUGGACACACAGCGCCAAGUACGGCAAGGGCCAAGGGAAGAUCUGGCUGGAUAAUGUGCAGUGUAACGGAGGAGAGAAGAGUAUUGACCUGUGUAAAUCUCGAGGCUGGGGCAACAGUGACUGCACACACGACGAGGACGCUGGAGUCGUCUGCAAGGACGAGAGGCUUCCUGGGUUUGUCGACUCCAACGUCAUCGAUGUGCAGGUGGAUGAGGACAGGGUGGAGGAGGUGCGUCUGCGCUCGGUGGUGCCCACCAAAAAGAUGCCCGUCACCGAGGGCGUGGUAGAGAUUAAAUACAAGGACGGCUGGGCCCAGAUCUGUGAUGUGGGGUGGACCCCCACAAACACUCGGGUCAUCUGUGGUAUGCUGGGGUUCCCCCAUGAGAGAAAGGUCAACAAGAACUUCUACAAACUGAACACAGAGCGUCAGAAGCACCGGUACCGCCUCCACUCUGUGGCAUGUGUUGGCACUGAAGUCCAUCUGGCAGCCUGCCCCCUGGAGACCAACAAGGGUAAUGCCACAGAGUCGUGUGAAGGUGGCAUGCCAGCCGUGGUCAGCUGUGUACCCGGACCCCUGUACGUACAGAACAACGGACUGAAGAAGAAGAAACUCAGAACUACGAGCACGGUGAGGCUGAAGGGUGGUGCCAAGCUGGGUGAGGGCAGAGUGGAGGUGCUGAAGAACAAUGAGUGGGGCACGGUGUGUGACGACCGUUGGACCCUGCUGUCUGCCAGCGUUGUGUGCAGGGAGCUGGGCUUCGGAUCCGCCAAGGAGGCUCUGACUGGAGCUCGCAUGGGAGAAGGGAUGGGUCCUAUCCACAUGAAUGAGGUCCAGUGUCUGGGGACGGAGAAGUCCAUGUGGAACUGUGGCUUUAAGAACAUAACCUCAGAGGACUGCCAGCAUGUAGAAGACGCCGCUGUGAGGUGCAACACGCCAUACAUGGCUCUGGAGAACUCGAUCCGCCUGACAGGGGGCCGUACACGGUAUGAGGGGCGGGUGGAGGUGCUGAGCACAGAGGCUAACGGGACCAGGAGCUGGGGCCUGAUAUGUGGAGGGGCCUGGGGCACCAAGGAGGCCAUGGUGGCCUGCAGACAGCUGGGGCUAGGCUACGCUAACAACGGCCUGCAAGUGCGUAUCGUGGGAGGCAGGACGUACUAUGAGGGCCGUGUGGAGGUUCAGGUGGGGGCGCGGUGGGGCACAGUGUGCUCUGCAGGCUGGACCACUAAAGAGGCCAUGGUAGCCUGCAGACAGCUAGGCCUGGGAUACUCCAUGCAUGCCAUCACUGAAACAUGGUACUGGGACAGCAGUAACGUAACAGAGAUGGUGAUGAGUGGAGUGAAGUGUACAGGGAGCGAGAUGUCUCUGAGCCACUGUCAGCAUCACAAAACCGUCAGCUGUCAGAAGACGGCUGCUAAGUUCUCUGCCGGCGUCAUCUGCUCAGAGACUGCGUCUGACCUGGUCCUGAAUGCUCCCCUGGUCCAGCAGUCCGUGUACAUUGAGGACCGCCCGCUCCACAUGUUGUACUGUGCAGCAGAGGAGAACUGUCUGUCUAAGUCUGCUGCUAGUGCUAACUGGCCCUACGGACACCGCCGCCUGCUACGGUUCUCCUCUCAGAUCCACAACAUCGGACGGGCCGACUUCAGGCCCAAGGCCGGACGCCACUCCUGGGUCUGGCACGCCUGUCACGGGCACUACCACAGCAUGGACAUCUUUACCCACUACGACCUGCUGUCAUCCAAUGGGACCAAGGUGGCUGAGGGACACAAGGCUUCCUUCUGUCUAGAGGACACCGCGUGUCAUGAGGGUAUCUCUAAGCGGUAUGAAUGUGCUAACUUCGGAGAGCAGGGCAUCACCGUGGGGUGUUGGGACCUGUAUCGCCAUGACAUCGAUUGCCAGUGGAUCGACAUCACCGACAUCAAACCUGGAAACUACAUCCUACAGAUUGUGAUCAAUCCAAACUUUGAAGUGGCAGAGAGUGACUUCACCAACAACGCCAUGAAAUGCAACUGCAAGUACGACGGACACCGGAUCUGGCUUCACAACUGCCAUAUGGGUGAUGCCUUCAGUGAGGAGGCAGAGAGGAAGUUUGAGAAAUACCCAGGACAGCUCAACAACCAGAUCUCAUAAUCUGCCUAGCAACACACCAAUCUCAUCAGACCCCCAUUGUACAAACAACAAAAAAGGGGGUGGCUGAUGCGUCUAACCAUGUUCAACAAUGGGAUAACCAAUCACCUGCCAGAAACCCAAUUCAUUAUCAUAUCCCAAACCAACCAACCAAUCACAACCAACAUCAUUAAAUCACAAGCAACAUUCCACAGGGCAGCAGUCAACAAGUGAUCUGAGACCAGGAUUCAACCCGAACGCAUUUUGUCGACCAAUGCACAUUUUAAUAAAAAGUAUUGUUUCCUGCGUUUGCAGAGACCGCAUUCACGGUAAAACGCUCCGUGUGUCGGCUUCAAAUGACCUUUAAAAUGUCCAGCUCGCUCUACCGCGGGUCAGAUUGAAUCCAGGCCUUGACAGGAGGAGCCGUGUUAUAUAGUGAAUCAUGUGUUGGUAUAUGUUACAUUGUGUCAUAUAGUGAAUCAUGUGUUGGUGUAUGUUACAUUGUGUCAUAUAGUGAAUCAUGUGUUGGUGUAUGUUACAUUGUGUCAUAUAGUGAAUCAUGUGUUGGUGUAUGUUACAUUGUGUCAUAUAGUGAAUCAUGUGUUGGUGUAUGUUACAUUGUGUCAUAUAGUGAAUCAUGUGUUGGUAUAUGUUACAUUGUGUCAUAUAGUGAAUCAUGUGUUGGUGUAUGUUACAUUGUGUCAUAUAGUGAAUCAUGUGUUGGUGUAUGUUACAUUGUGUCAUAUAGUGAAUCAUGUGUUGGUGUAUGUUACAUUGUGUCAUAUAGUGAAUCAUGUGUUGGUGUAUGUUACAUUGUGUCAUAUAGUGAAUCAUGUGUUGGUGUAUGUUACAUUGUGUCAUAUAGUGAAUCAUGUGUUGGUAUAUGUUACAUUGUGUCAUAUAGUGAAUCAUGUGUUGGUGUAUGUUACAUUGUGUCAUAUAGUGAAUCAUGUGUUGGUGUAUGUUACAUUGUGUCAUAUAGUGAAUCAUGUGUUGGUGUAUGCCAGUGUUUUUGUUAUUAUACAUGAGUAUAUUAUGCUACAUUCUGUCACAGAAGAACAAGUCAUAUGAUAUCAUACUGGUCUUAAUGAAUGUUUGACUGAUUGAUGUCUGACGUUCAACCUUUUCAUUCAUGUUUUGUUAAAGUUAUGAAUACAUUUUUUAUUUUUUUUGUCCAGUCUGUAGUUUUGAAAGGUGACCCAGAGGUGUAUUCACAAGGAACCAAGCAGAAGCAAACGAAAACAGGGGAAGGACCUACCUACAUUUGUCCAAUAUAAGCUCUUUGGUUUCGUUGCAAAACGUUUUCAGUUGUUUUGCUACGCUGUGCACUAAUGAAUACACCUCAGGAGAAGCCGCUCGUCCUUAUUCUGCUACAAGACAUCUUCAUAAUGACCUGAGGUAUCACAGUCGAACCAUCCAAUGUUGUAGCAUCUCCAUGUAGUUCUCAUAGUUCACACGUGAAGAUCUAUUUAGAUCAAAUUCAAAUCUGGACCUCUAAGCCAGUUCCACUGCUUUUUCAUUCUUCCCCUUUAAUCAGGGCCUGAUUUAGACCUGGGACACCAGGUGGGUGAUUCCCCUCUAGUCAGGGACUGAUUUAGACCUGGGACACCAGGUGGGUGAUUCCCCUCUAGUCAGGGACUGAUUUAGACCUGGGACACCAGGUGGGUGAUUCCCCUCGAAUCAGGGACUGAUUUAGACCUGGGACACCAGGUGGGUGAUUCCCCUCUAAUCAGGGACUGAUUUAGACCUGGGACACCAGGUGGGUGAUUCCCCUCUAAUCAGGGACUGAUUUAGACCUGGGACACCAGGUGGGUGCAAUUAAUAAUCAGAAAACCCGUAGUACUCCGGACCCUAGGGUAAACGCAAAUUGUAAAGUGUUGGUCCCAUGUUUCAUGAGCUGAAAUAAAAGAUCCCAUAAGUUG